AUGCUACAUCGUAGUGUCGCACGUCUCGCCUGCGGAUUGCGCUCUAUGUCGUUGGCCCUCGCACGUCCAUCGGCACCCAAGCGCUUUGUUCCCACAACGAUUAACUAUCAGUCUCAUUCUCUUACGGAUACGGUCAAUACGAAUAGAGCAGUGCCAAAGGUGGUGCUCUAUCAGUACGAACCGUGUCCCUAUCGCUGCAAGGUGAAGGCUGUACUGGACUACCUCAAGCUCCCGUACGACGUGGUGGAAGUCAAUCCACUGACCAAGAAGGAGACCAAAGCUGUGACCAAGUAUGCCAAGGUGCCAGUUGUCACUAUUGACAAUGACGUGGUCGUGGACUCUUCGGCAAUUAUCGCGCGACUAUGGGACCUAGUCGUGUCAGCUAAAAGCUCCCAGCUUGAGCAUAAAGAGCCGCAGGAGGAGGAAGCCCAGUGGUGCCAAUUGGUCCACCAGAAGCUCAUUGUCUUGACCCCUCCCAAAAUAUCUAUCCUACGCUGCCGGAGGCGCUGCAGGCUUUCGACUAUUGCUUGA